AUGGCGAUGCAAUAUAUCAACUAUAUUCGAUCCAAGACCCACCUAGGUGGCGCCCCCACUCAAACGGAGACGCCCGUGCUCAAUGAGGAGGAUGAGGAGUUUCUCAACAGGAUCACGUCUGAGGAGAACCCGCCAGCUCUACCUCCGAGACCUGAGCAGCUCGACGUCGAGCAUGGAGGCGUUCCACCCGUUCGUGAUGCUCAGACCGCACUCCUAGAUGGAGCGCAGAACAUCCCACUGCCGGAGACGCCACAGUCAGAGCUGACAGAGCGGCGGUCAAUGUUCGCUGACACGGCUGCUGCACUUGACCCUCGCACCACCUGGAGUUGGCUACGACGCGACAGCCGGAACUGGAAGCGCGAGACGACCGCCUCCGAUUUGUCUGACAUAGCCCAAGGCCUGAAGGAUGCUGACGCCCAGCCGAACGAAGACAACCUGGUUGAAGAUGCCGAGGCGAAGAAGGAAGAAGAGGACAUGGCAAUCGUACUCGACAAGCUCGACCUGGCUGCUGUCAAUAAUCGGGCAUUCUCUGUCAGUGCCGAAACUCAGGAGCUCCUCCAGAGAUUCAAUCAGGUCCUCAAAGACCUGAUGAAGGGCGUGCCUACUGCAUACGAUGACCUGGAGAAGCUCUUGACAACCGGAGACGAUCAGCUCCAGAAGACCUUCAACUCACUGCCGAGCUUUCUACAAAAACUGAUCGCUAAGCUUCCUGGAAGUAUGGCGCCUGGUCUUGCUGCUGCAGCUCAAGAGAGAGCCGAGCAGAGUGGUAUCAACAUGGAGAAUGCCGGUAAAGCAGCUGCAGCUGCUAAGAAGAUGGGUAUCAAGACUCCUUCACUGGCGGAUUUGACAGGCAAGCCAGCAGCAAUCGCUAGUCUCCUGCGAUCCAUCAUCAUGUAUCUGCGUGCCCGCUUCCCGGCAUUCAUGGGCAUGAACGUCCUAUGGUCACUAGCAAUGUUUGUGCUCCUGUUUGUUUUCUGGUACUGUCACAAACGCGGCAAAGAAGUGCGACUCGAAAAAGAGCGUGAUCUCACCGAACAAGAAGUUGCCCGACUUGAAGAGGAGUAUGCGGCUACACAUCCUGAAUCCAAAACAACAGCAGCAUGCGAUGCCCCUAUAGAUGAGGUCAAGGCUGGUAUGGAUGAAGUAGAGCUAGCAAAGCAAGCUGCCGCGGCAGCCGAAGCAGCAACCUCGCCCGAGAAAGGCCCUAACACGGCUCAGACGUGA